AUGCCAAAGAUAGAAACGUCGACUUUCCGCCCUCUGAUGCCCAAAGAUACGUCGACUUUCCCGCCUCUGAUGCCCGUCGACUUCCCGCCCUCUGAUGUCAAAGAUAGAACGUCGACUUCCCGCCCUCUGAUGCCAAAGAUAGAACGUCAACUUUCCCGCCCUCUGAUGCCAAAGAUAGAAACGUCGACUUUCCCGCCCUCUGAUAUCGUCGAUGAUGCCAAAGAUAGAACGUCGACUUUCCCCGCCUCUGAUGCCAAGAUAGAACGUCGACUUUCCCCGCCCUCUGAUGCCAAAGAUAGAACGUCGACUUCCCGCCCCUCUGAUGCCAAAGAUAGAACGUCGACUUUCCCGCCCUCUGAUGCCAAAGAUAGAACGUCGACUUUCCCGCCCUCCGAUGAAGAUAGAACGUCGACUUUCCCGCCCUCUGAUGCCAAAGAUAGAACGUCGACUUUCCCGCCCUCUGAUGCCAAGACGUCGACUUUCCCCCCUCUGAUGCCAAAGAUAGAACGUUCGACUUUCCCGCCCUCUGAUGCCAAAGAUAGAACGUCGACUUCCCGCCCUCUGAUGCCAAAGAUAGAACGUCGACUUUCCCGGAUGCCAAAGAUAGAAACGUCGACUUUCCCGCCCUCUGAUGCCAAAGAUAGAAACGUCGACUUUCCCGCCCUCUGA